AUGGGGCAAACAGUGGGAUAUAUGCCCAACACAUGGGACGGUUUAUUGGCAGAAAGAGAUCGUGUCCUCCACUGGAGUGGAGAGGUUUUAUCUAAAGUCGCUGAUAAUAUAAAUCAAGAAGAUUCGUGGCUGAUCGAAUACAAUAACGAGAGCAUCGACAAGAAGAUAGAUUCCUGGAUGGAAUCGAAUCAAGCGAGGGUCGACAGGUUUUUCAGUAAACAUCCAGACCUACCAGAUACGUACAAGGCUGCAACUGCGUUCAAAUUGGCUCAAAUAAGAGAACUAAUUAGAUUAAAGAUGAGAAACAACUAUAGUCGCAGUUACAAGGACAUGAGAAAAUUCACGAGGAUGGUAGACAGAUUGGGGGAACGGCAACGUAAAAUUCAUGGGAAAAUUCAGAACCUUGAAAGCAUGUACGAUUGGGACGUGAAGAAGUUUCAAACAAAGUUUGGACCUCUGCGCGUGAAAACGUUUAAAAACCUUAGAAUAGGUGAGAAAAUGAUGUUUCAAGACCAGAGGUUGAAGACACGAUUCGCUAAACGGGUGUGUCACAUUGACCAUAAAAAUAUGACAGAAUGUACAAAAUACGUAGAUAAAUGGAUAAAGAUUAUGGAAAAACCUACUCUUAAGUGAUUAUGACAAAUACAAUGAUUAAAUGAAUAAGAGUACGAAUGGAGUUAAUUUAAGUAAGCGAAAAUUGCGUAGACGCUUGAUAAAAGAAAA